UGAACUGUAAGUGACUUUUCUUCUCACUUUGAACUUUGACCCCUGAGGCAGUUAGAAGUGACACAGGCUAACGUGCUAAGCUAGUGAACGAAUCCGUUCUUUCCCUUUUGUUUUUCAAAUUCACAUGUGGCAAAACCGAGUUGAAUAUCAAAGCAAAUGUUUUCUUUUUCUUCUUCUUCGUCGUCGUCGCGGAACUCCGACCUCGCCGCUCGGCACGAGGAGGCGGAAAACGGAGGAGGAGGACGACGACGACGAGGAGGAGGAGGCCAGAGGACGGCGCGUCGGCGGGUGGAAGUUACGUAAGCCGCGUUUGCGCUGGCGCAGAUGAAAGGCGCCGCUCCGUGCGCGUCUUACAUAACCACGAGCGCCGCCGAAAGAAGGAAUUGAAGAAGAAUUAUUGGUUCCGGAGCGCCUCAGCCCGACUCGAGAAAACAAGAUCGCGGAAGCAAUUGUGACGGUGCAGUCGGUCGGGGUCAAGAAGGAAAAGGUCUCGAGAACGCGUCCGCCCCAAAAACCUUUUGUUGUUGACAAGUGAGGGGGAUGUGUGGGGGCCAUCUGCUGGCGGCUUUUUUUAGGACGGCGUGACGGGAGGCAGAGGAAAUUUGGCCAUCCUCGCCGCUCGCCAGCAGGGGGCGACGACCGUUGGCCCGCGUGCAAAAUAGGCUCAGAGUCGAGCCUAUUUUAAGUGGAGUCCAUAAUUGGAGGAGUUCCGGGCAAGUCGGGCCCAGAGUCCACUUUAUUGUCCUCGAUGGGGAAAGUCGGGGAGUCGUCGGACUCGGUCGACGGCGUGUCGGACCCGCCCGCCGUUGAAAGCUUCCCUUCCGGCGCCCACCGAAUCGCCAACCGGGAGCAAAUGUUGACGGCGGCUGCCAAAGGCGUCGGCUCGACCCGGGUGGGGUGGGGGCGGCGCGCUAACAGAUGGCGACGCCUCCCACUGGCGUUUUCCUCAGAUGGCAGCUGACGGCGACGCGCUCAAACGGAAACGUGGACGGAGAAAACCGUCAAACGAACGCAUUUGAAGGUGACGCCGCCGAUAAGAUUUCAAGUGGGGGCUAAAAGCGGACGUCUUAUCGGCGACGGGCGACGGGACGUCAAAGGGGAAUCGUCGUCGUCGUCGUCGUCGUGGUCCAGCCCGGCGACGGCGGUGGCAGACGCUGUCGAGAAACGCAGGAAGAAGCUAGCAGAGACCUUCUCCAAGUCUUUCGGAGGAUCCGAACUUCACAAGCGGAACCCGAGAUCCAACGCGUUGAGAGCUUAAAAAAGAGGCGACCGGCAUGGACGCGGAAGCGCCGCUGUGGCCCGCUGGACCGGCCCAGCAAGUUGCGAAGGUGGAGACGCGACGAGGGGAAACCUCCCGAGAGACGGUGACCACCUUCGAAUCGUCUCACCUCCGCACGGAUGAGUCUGAGUGCCCCCGCCCGGACCAAAACGCACAAACCCAGGCGGAAAGACGGGAGGACGAUGACGGAGGAGAAAUGGAUGGGGGAGAGGAGCAAGGAGGACCAAAAGGAUCGGAGGAGACGCAGGACGGGAUCGCCUCCUUUGUCUCCUCCACAAGCGGCGCCGUGGUGCGUCCCGACCUGGCGUUCAACAGGAGAUGCGGCCUGCUGGCCAGCGAGGUGAAGUACAAAGAAGACUUUGAGAAGAUGAAGGGCCAGAGUCUCUUCGUCCCCGCAGCGGAACUCGUCCACGCCAAGAAGAUCAGCGCCGUCGUGUCUGAGUCCCAGUACAGGCGGGACGGCAGGAAGGAGGCGGAGGAGUCCAUCUACUCGCUGCUCCCGGUCACGCCGCAGAUCCUACGGGCCAAGGAAGUGAGCCGGCUGCAGAGCGAGAUUCAAUACAAAGAAAACACGAAGACGUCCUCGUCUCUCUACUCGCUGAUGCCCGAGACCAGCGCCACGCACUUUGUCAAAGAACUGACUGACGUGCUGAGUCAGAAUAAGUACAAGGAGGAGGUGAAGAAGGAGCUGAGCAAGACUUUGUAUUCUCGGCUUCCCGAGACCAGCGAGAUGCAUCUGGCAAAGAGCGUCCACCAGUUUCAGAGCGAAAUAAAGUACAAGGAAGACGGCAAGAGGAAGGCGUCCGUCUCUCUCUAUUCCCAACUGGCCGACACUCCCGAGAUCCAGCACGCCCUGGGGAUGUCCCAGCUGCAGAGCGACGUGAAUUAUCGGCCCAAGGUUCCGGUGAAAGGAGCUCCGCCUUCUCUCUACUCUCAGCUCACCUCCACCAAGGAGAUCCAGUUCGCCAGGGAGAUGAGCGAGCUGCACAGCCAGCUCACGUACCAGGAGGACGGCAGGAAAAGGCUGAGUCGCUCGUCCUACUCUCAGCUCCCGCGAACCGUGCAGACGGAAUUUGCAAAGAACGUCGCUGAGCUGCAGAGUGAGCGCCGCUACGAAGAGGAGGGCCGGAAGGGCAGCAACUCGUCCUUGUACUCGCUCCUCCCGCAGACGUUGGACACCCUCCAUGCCAAAGAUGCCUGCGAGCUCGCCAGCCAGGUCAAGUACAAAGAGGACGGCAAGAAGGAGACGAACGUCGCUUUGUACUCGCUGAUGCCACAAACGCUCCACACGGAACACGCCAAGCAGAUCUCAGAGCUGCAGAGUCAGAUAAAGUACAAAGAAGGAGUGCAGAACAGUUUGUACCAUCAACUCCCGGAAACUGCCGAGACUCAGCUGGCCAAACGCGCGUCGCAGCUGCUGAGUGAGGCCAAGUACAAGCAGGACGCCAAGCAGCAGGCUUCAACUUCUUUGUAUGCCAAUCUGGCCCAAACCCUGGAGACCGAACACGCCAAAGAAGCCGGCGCACUGCACAGUCAGAAAGAGUACAAAGCGGAGGCCAAGAAGCGGAUGACGUCGUCUCUCUACUCUCGGCUUCCUGACACCUCGGAGACGCAGCGGGCCCGAGAGCUGGCGCUGAUUCUGAGCGAGAACAAAUACAGAGAGAGCGGCCAGAGAGCCCAGACGGUCAGCUUCUACUCGCAGCUCCCGGAGACCAACGACACCCUGCUUGCCAAAAGUCUGUCGGAGGUCCAAAGUCAGAACAAGUACAAGGAGGCGGGCCGGUGUCAAGCGUCCGACUGUCUGUACUCCAAGCUGCCCGACACGCCGGAGACUCGGCACGCUAAAGACGUAACGCGGUUGCAGAGUCAGGUGGCCUACAGGAAGGAGCAAAGGCGGGAGGCCGUCGGCCCGCUUUACCGCCAGAUGGCUCAAACCAAACAUUCGGAGUUGGCCAAACAACUGGCGGAAUUGUACAGUCAGGUGAAGUACAAAGAAGAUGGGAAGAAAGAGAUGACGAAGAACCUGUACUCGCUUCUCGCUGAGACCUCCGAGACCCGCUUUGCCAAACAGAUGUCCAAAUUACAGAGCCGGAGCACGUACCAGAAGGACAAAGAAGACCUGCCCAAGUCGUUGUUCUCCACGCUGCCCGAAACGCCCGACACGCGUUUUGUCAAGGACAUGGCGGACACUCGCAGCCAGGUGAAGUACAAAGAGGCGGCAAAGAAGGCGGCCGUCAGCGCUCUGUACCAUCAGCUGCCUUGGACGGCCGAGACGCUCCGCGCAAAACAACUUUCUGAGCUGCUGAGUCAAAACAAGUACAAGCAGAGCGGCAAGGAAGCCGCGGCCUCCAGCCUGUACGCUCAGCUGGCGCAGACGGCCGAGACGCGGCUCGCCGCCAGGAUGUCGGCGCUGCUCAGCAAGUUCAAGUACAAGGAGGAGAGCGUCAAGGGCUUCGGUCGCAGCGCCUACGGUCGGCUGGCCGACAUCGCCGAGACGCGAUUGGCCGAGACGCUGCGCGGCCAGAGCAAGUACAAGGACGCCGGCAGGAGGGAGGCGGCCAGCGGGCUGUACCACCGGCUGCCCGAGACCAUGGAGACGCGCCACGCCGGGGCGGCCACGCUGCUCCAGAGUCAGGUCCGGUACAAGGUGGAAGCUCUGAAGGCUCGCGGCACCAGUCUGUACUCGCGGCUGGCCCAAACCGUCCACACGGACUUUGCCAAAGCCGCCGUGGACGUCUGCAGCCAGAUCAAAUACAAGGCGACCAGUCGAGAGGAGAGCGCCAGCAGCGUCUUUCACAAGAUGGCCGACACCAAUCAGACCCGGUUCGUCAGGCGCUUGACCGACUUUCAGAGUCAGAGCAAGUACCAGAAGGACAAAGCCGAGCUGUGCCUGUCGUUGUUCUCUUUGCUGCCCGAGACUCCGGACACUCGCUUUGUGAAGAACGUGACGGACAUGUUGAGCCAGAGUAAGUACAAGGAGGCCAGUAAGAAGGAGUUGGUCAAGAGUUUGUACUCGCUGCUGCCUCACACCAACGACACGCAGCACGCCAAACAACAAAGUCAGCGGCACAGUCAGAAAUGGUACAAAGAGGAGGGCAAGAAGGAAGCCGCCUCCACUUUGUACGCUCAAAUGCCUCAAACCAUCGAGACCGUCUUUGCCAAAGAGCUCAGCAAGAUGCAGAGUGACAAGUUUUACAAGGAGAAGUACAAUCGAGACAGAGGCAAGUCGGACUACGCCAACAUGAAGACGCUGCCGGACGUGGAGCGCGCCAUGGAUGUCAACAGGAAGCAGAGCCACGUCAGCUACGGGAAGGGGAGGGAGGAGCUUCACCGCUACAAGAUGGCGCCCGACAGGGCCGACAUCGUCAACGCCGCCAACGCCUCCAAACUGGCCAGCCAGGCGGCCUACAAAAGCGACGGCGGAUGUUGCGUUGCGAGCGACCGAUCCCUCCUGGCGCGCGCCGACAUCGAUCACGCCAAGCGAGUGUCCCGACUGGUCGGUCAGGCGCGCUACAAGCGGCAGACGCUCGGGCCGCCUCGCUACAACCCGCUGGACUGCGUCUCCUUCAAGCACGCGCAAGCCGCCGCCGCGCUGGCCAGUCAGGUCAAAUAUAAAAGCGACGGAAAAGCCCAAAGUUCUUCCCGGCUGCCCAACCUGCUGCAGCUGGAACACGCCAUGGCCGCCAGCAAACUGGAGAGUAACGCGGAGUACAGGAAGCAGCACGAGCAGAACAAGGCUCAGUACCGCCUCCCCCUGGACACGGCUGAACGGCGCCACCACAGGAACAACGCCGUCCUGCACAGUCAGGUGAAGUACCGCGAGGAGUACGAAAAGAGCAAAGGUCACGCACGUGUGGAGUUUGCCGACACGCAAACGUACAAAGUGCAAAAGAUGGCGCAGAAGAUGCAAAGCCAGAGGGACUACAAGCGCGACUACGAGGAGCACGUGAAGGGGAAAGCCUUGGCGGAGGUCCAGCACACGCCCGCAUAUCUGACGGCUCGUCGUGCCGCCAACCUGCUCAACGACAAGGAGUACAGAAAGGACCUGGAACAGGAAGUGAAGGGGCGGGGCUUAUCCGGCCUGGGCCUGCAGGACACGCCGGAGCUCCUGCGGGUCAAGCGAGCCAAUCGGAUCCUGAACCAGAAGGAGUACCGCAGGGACCUGCGCACGGACGUGCUGGGCAAAGGGAUGCGGUUCGGCGCCGACGUCCUGGAGGUCCGACGGGCCAAGAGGGCUUCCGACAUCCAGAGUCAGCGGUCCUACAAGCAGACGGCCCAUCUCAGGGAGAACUCGUACGGGACCGUCGCCGACUCUCCGGAACUCGUGCACGCCUCCUACCUCAAAGACGUCUACAGUCAGAAGAAGUACAAAGACGACGCCGAGCGUCUGCGAGCUCGCUACGGUGCGCCGUCGCUGACUCCCGAGAUGGAGCGAGCGAAAGCCAAUCAAAGACUCGUCAGCUCGAUGCACUACUCCUGGGACUCCAAGCUGAUGAGAGGUCUCACGUCCUCCGUGGCCGACACGCCGGAGAUCGUCCUCGCCAGAGAGAACGCCAAGAAGAUCAGUGAUGUGCGCUACCGAGAACAGGUGGGCUGCGGGACCGCCGUCGCCGACACGCCCGACAUGAAAAGAGUCCGACGUAACCAGGAGAACAUCAGCACCGUGAGCACGCUUAAGCACGCACGCACGCACGUACGCACGCUUGCGAUAUCUUGUCAACCGCUGUGUGCGUGUGAACAGGUGAAGUACCAGCGUGGCCUGCAGGAGGUUCGAGGCCGCAGCUGUACAGAACUCGACACCCCCGAGUACAGACGGGUGCGGAGGUCUCAGGACUCGCUUUCCACGGCCAAGUAUCACGAGGAAUUCGAGCGCACCCGCCGCAGCGGUUCCGCGCCGGGAUUGGACCAGGCCGGCGCGGAGCACUACCAGCGGGCCAAUCACGUGGCGGCGGACGGAGGCCCCAACCAGAUGAUGGACACGGACAGACGACCCGGAGGCAUCAUCGUAGGCGUGAAGGAGUGGAGAACCGAUCCGGGCUCCAUCUUUGACUUUGACCCGCUGGAGGAUGACGUUCAGUCCAAGAGCCUGCGCAGGAUGUCCGAGCGGGUAGAGCGCAGGUUGAGCAGGCCUCCGUCGCGGCAGUCUCACAGCUCGCUGACCUCUGAACUCUGGGACGGGAGCAGCUGCGACACGCCGGCUCCGGUGCUUCCCGGAGCCUACCACCAGGGGGCGCACAUGCAGCCGCAGUCCCAGUAUCACGGCUACAUGCACCAGACCAGCAUGUCGUCCGUCAGAUCCGUGGCCUCGCCGCCGCAUUCGUCCGUGGUGCGCGUCUACCGGGCGCUGUACGACUACGCGGCGCAGGACCACGACGAGGUCUCCUUCCGGGACGGCGACGUCAUCGUCAACGCGCAGCCCAUCGACGAGGGUUGGAUGUACGGCACCGUGCGGCGCACCGGCAAGUCCGGGAUGCUGCCCGCCAACUACGUGGAAUGUUGCAACUAGACGCGCUGCCACAAAAUUUUAAAAAAGCAAAAUCUUCCCCAAAAAUACAUAUACAAUGCAACUAGCAUGAAGUGAUUUGACAUAAGAGCACGUAUCUUGAAACAGGUCUUUUUUUUUUUUUUUGGGCUCCAAAUUUAGGAAAAAACUGCCUUAAAAUCAGCACAUCAUGAUGUUUUCACAACAAAAUUGUUUGGUAAUAUUUUGCAUUUUUGCAGCAUUUAUCAAGAGGGGAAAAUUAUCUUUUGGACUUUUUUUUUUUGCUCUAACGUGUGCGUGCGUGCUACAACUUAUGAUUUUGUGUAUUGUUUUUCCUCUUCAUCUAUACAAGAUGACUUGAUCACAACACAUUUAGCAAAGUCCGCCCUUUGUGUUUUUAUGUUUUGAUUUCACAAAUGCAAUGAAAUUUACAUUUGGUCAA